GAGAUUCCGGAAGUUACGUUUUUGUUUUGAAUAUACGUCACGUAUUUUCAGCCAAAGGCGGCACAGAGCCGACAUUUGAAAUCGUAGGGCUAGCAUCGAGCUCUCUGCUAGCAUACGACUAUAAUAACCUGAAUUUCUACAACAACCAUGGCGUAUAACCAUCAUAUUUUACAACAUGCAAAGUCGCGGUUUGAAUCUCCUGUUAAGGUAUUUGCCAAGCUGAAAUCCAAAGUGCAAAGAGAAGAGCUCUGCGCGAAGGACGGGAUUUUCAGCGACACGGCUAACGAGUCAUUGUAUGGAGAGAAACAUUUUCUGUCGCCCAGGAAGAGAACAGAGAGAACAGAGAGCACCUGGUUGACAAAUGAGCUGAAGGAGAAUCAGAGGGUCGGUUCCUAUCGGGAUGAAGCGCAGGUUUUGACCCUCUCUCCUAUACCGAGUCCUCAGGCAGCCUGUGGCCGUUCUUAUUUAGACAUCCGCAGCAAACCUGUGGAGGAAAUGCCUACAUGGCUCGGAUACACGCCAAGAAAGAGACCCUUCCUGGAGUCCACAGCUGUGUCUCACCCCCUCUCUUUGUGCAACCGAACAACGCAGAGUCACAUAGAAAAGCCUCAGACGAGACACACAGAUGGUUUCAUGGUGACCAGCAGCAGGACUCCAGUUAAGAUGCACCCACAGGACAAGGACUGUGUGAGGGGUGUGUUUGUGGAGGCAUGUGCUCCUCUUCAGUCUCAGGGCUCUAUGUUUUCCCCCAUGAGGAAAAGGCUGAGGAAGAGAAAAUUGGAACACCAGGACUUUAACAAGGUUAGCAAUGACGUUUUUAGUCAGCCUCAGCAGGGGAAAACCGCCAGUCCUCUGAGUGAGGAUGACAGCGACGCUUACAUGGAGGAUUUCAAUGAUGCUGGAAGAUUCUCUGCUGACAAACCAGGGAUGAACUGGUCCACUAGUGAAGCCAUGUUCCCACCGAUAUCUACAGCUGUGAAACGUUGCCAAGUGCGUUUACAAAAUAUCGCCCCAAUGUUUCCAGCCAAGAUGUUUGCUUACUUGAAGGAGAGGGAAAAUAAAGCUGAGCGAGAAGUUAACAAAGUCAGCAGCAGCACAAGGGAUCUCUUUAAUGCGGGUAAUUCCCAUCGGUCCAGAGACACACGUCCCCCCGCGACUCACGAUAUGGGCGAGAUUCCUGCCUUUGUGGGUCCUGUCCACCAGUCCAGUGAGGAGCCAGCUGACAGCCAAUCAGGCACAGAUCCCUCUGAACACGUCCAAAGCCCUGCUGAGCCGUCACUGCCGGUUUUGCUUAUGGACCCUCUAGUAUUCAAUUCACCAAGGAUCUCCAUACCAAAGAAACACUCAGCUGUGUUCAAGCGAAACAACUGGCCUGAAACUGUAAAAAUCCCCUCUAGUGUGAUUCAUCUCAAAAAGUGGUAUCUCGGGAGGAAUCAUAAGGGACUGUUUGUUGAGGGGAUCCACCAGAAGGACAACAUACCGUGGAUCAGUACCAACGUCGUGGAAAGGGUUAAUAAGUCUGUUUUGAAGACCUUCUCUGGCAGGGUUUACAUUUUGGUUGGCAAGAUGAACUUUGGCACUGACUCUGGGUUUCCCAAUUGGUUCUUGAAGAACUUUUUAAAUGGCUUUCCUGAAAACUGGAAAACACUUUACGAGAAGUUUCUGUCAGAGAAAGACCGAGGGACGACGAGAAGCAGCGAAGGACGAGGCAUCAAGUCAAAGACAAAAUCUGAGUCUUCGUCCGUCAAAGUGUCUGUGAAGCAGCACAGACCAAAACCUCCAAAGAUGCCUGCUUCCUGUCCUCCUGCGCCCUCAUCCUCUAGGCAAGUGUCUCGAAGUGGUCGCGUGAUCAAGACCCCUCUGGAGUAUUGGAAAGGAGGGAGAGUCAUUCUGGAUGCACAUAUGAAUGUUACCAUCCAUGAAUGCUAUGAGACCUCCAUCUGCAUCCCUAAGGUCAGUACAAGAGUGUCCGAGAGGCCGUCUAAGAAACCUGCCCCUGUGUUUCUUCCGUGUGCUGAAGGCAAACAAGAGGCACCAGCCCUGCUGAGGAAGGUUAAGAGUCAACCUCGUAAAUGCAUCAAAGCCAAGGUUUACCCCAAAGAGCAGCCCUGUUCUUCACCAGAGCCUCCCGGUGAGACACGGUUGUGUGUGGACACUGUCCUGCAAAAACAAAUGAAACCUGAAAAAUCUUCAACAAAGAAUUCAAUGAAACAGACACUUGAAGCCCCAGAACCUUCAGUGAGAGUCUUGAGGCGCACACAGGCCGUUUCAUCAUCUCCACAAUCUCCCUCUGAUUACACUUCAGAAGACGACGUUUUCUUAAGGAGAACAAAAAAGGAUAAAGAAGCACCCCAGAAUCGAGGGAGGCAGAAGGUUCUUAACAAGUCAAGGCAGAGCCACAGGUUCCCGUCGAGUUCGUCAUUGGAGUCCUCUGACGAGAUCAAGAGGAAAAGUAACGGGACAAAAACUAACCGUGUUGCACAAACACAAAUAAUACCAACACAGAGGGAAAACACCAAGAUAUCUCCAAAACCGCUGCCUAAAACGACCAGCAAGAAAGAGAAGAAAACGAAAAACAGCACACAGCCUCAACAAGAUGAAGAUGAAGCCGAGUGGACAGAGGCGGAGCUGAUGAAGCUACGACAGGCUGCGUCCUACUAUCCUAAAAGCAUGACGGGUUACUGGGCUAUGGUGGCGAGGACAGUUGGAACACAUUCCGUAGAGGAGUGUCACAGGAAGCUCAUGUGCAGCGUCACCUCAGAGACUCCCGCCAAGAAACCCAGCAAAUCUAGAAAGCAAAAGGUGGAAGCGCCAAAAGAUCAAGAUCGUCCUGUGAUAUCAGCUCGUGUGGGAACGCUGAAGAGAAAGCAGCAGGUGCGUCAGUUCCUGAAGGCCAUGCCCAAAGAAGAUGUUGAUGAUGCUUUCAGCUCUGAAUUUAUGCAUCACCAACAGUUUGAGAUGCCCUCCAUGUGUCCGAGUGAGGAAAAUGACUGUGCUCUGUCAGAACAAGAGCCCCGGACCCCGGGGUCAACAGGUUUCCCCGAGGCAAAGACUCCCCAGUGUCUGGAUGUCAGGCCCGACAUGAUCGACUCUCCCAACACGACCAAUGAUGACAAGUACACAUUCCAACUCCAGAAGAGGAUGAAAAAAUAUCAGUAUAAUCUUUGCAAACAAGCUCCGUCCUCAAAGAACUUCACACCAUCUGCUAAACGAACAAUGAGAAGAUGUGGUAACACAGAAAAUGACACCUUUUUUGUUUGGGAGAUGUUCCCGGGAAACGAUGCAGCUCAAAGCGACAGCGGAGAGGAAGAGGAUUUUUACUUUUCAGACAACUGAUUUAAGAAACUUUAAAAUGUGUUAAAAAUAAAUCUCAGAUCAAUCUUGUUAAUAAUAAUCAGGGGAACAGAAUGGAGAUUGUAGUUGAAGAACAUGCAGUGCUGUGUAAAUAGAUUCAACAUAUUUUUGUGUUUUUUUUAACAAAGUUGGAAAUUGUUAUGAAAUUAGUAUUUUGCAAAAGGCCUUUUUCUGCUCCUCCCAGCAUAUUCCUGUAAAUAUAGUUUUGUUCAAAUUUCUGGUCCCUGGAGUCAUUAACUAUCCUUUAAAUAAACAUUACAAAAUCA